CUUUCGUUAGAGUACAUGCGCAGUUAGUAGAAGAACAUUCUAUUUUUCGACGCAUUGAUGCUUCGAAAUUCGUUCUAUGUUGUCUGAAAAAUUUACUGGUUAACGAUUUUUUUUUGUAUUUAGUUUUUUUUUUGCGAGAAAAAAAUGGUCGAUUAUAGCAAGUGGAAGGAGAUCGAGAUUUCAGACGAUGAGGAUGAUACUCAUCCAAACAUAGAUACUGCAAGUUUGUUCAGAUGGCGACAUCAAGCUCGAUUGGAGCGAAUGACUGAAUUUGAAAAAGAGAAGACUACACUAGAAAAUAGUAUCACAGAGAGUCAAAGAAAAAUAACAGAAUUAAAAAAUAAACUUAAAGAAGGUGAAGGAACUGGAAUAGAUUUAUGUGCAAUUAAGAAAUCUAUUGCAGAAUUAGAAGAUGAAGAAAAGAGAUUAAAAACAAAGAAUACUGAAUUGCUAAAAAAAGAAAAAGUAAGAAUAUAUUUAUUAAAUUUCUAAAUAUAACAGUUGAUU